AUGGCGGAAGGCGCUCGGGUGGACAGUGUCACUGCUCAUGCUGCACACACUAUGGACAAAAGCAUCACUUUACCUCCGGACGAGAUCUUUCGCAAUUUGGAGAACGCUAAACGCUUCGCGAUUGACAUAGGUGGAUCCCUUACAAAACUAGCGUAUUACUCAACAGUUCAGCAUAAAGUGGCCAAAGUACGAUCGUUUGAUCAUACCGCAAAGGAACAUGGAGACCGACUUUAUGACAUAGCUGUACAGGAAGAAGUCACUGCAAGACUGCAUUUCAUAAAGUUUGAAAAUGCAUACAUCGAAACCUGUUUGGACUUCAUCAAAGAUCACUUGGUCAACACAGACACCAAAGUUAUAAAAGCUACAGGUGGAGGGGCACACAAGUUCAAAGAAUUAAUUGAGAAGAAACUGGGACUCAAAGUGGAUAAAGAAGAUGAAAUGACUUGUCUUAUAAAGGGCUGUAACUUUGUCCUAAGAAAUAUUCCCCACGAAGCUUUUGUUUACACCAAGCACGCCGACUCGGAGUUUAGGUUCCAGAAUACUCACCCAGACAUCUUCCCCUACCUGCUGGUCAACAUUGGUUCUGGUGUGUCCAUAGUCAAGGUUGAGUCAGAGGACAAAUUUGAGCGAAUUGGAGGAAGUUCAAUCGGUGGAGGAACUUUCUGGGGACUAGGAGCAUUAUUAACCAAAACCAAGAGGUUUGAUGAAUUGCUGCAACUGGCCUCAAAGGGGCAACAUACAAAUGUAGAUAUGCUCGUGAAAGACAUCUAUGGAGGAUCAUACGGUUCCUUGGGAUUAACAGGAGACCUCAUUGCAAGUAGCUUUGGAAAGUCUGCAACUGCUGAUAAAGAGUUUUCUCAAGGGGACAUGGCCAAGAGUUUACUGCAUAUGAUAAGCAAUGACAUUGGGCAACUUGCCUGUCUCUAUGCAAAACUCCACAACUUAUCUCGAGUAUACUUUGGCGGUUUCUUCAUCAGAGGACACCCAGUGACGAUGCACACCAUCACCUACAGCAUCAACUACUUCACCAAGGGUGAAGUUCAGGCCCUUUUCCUAAGACAUGAAGGUUACCUUGGAGCAAUUGGAGCCUUUUUGAAAGGAGCAGAGGAAGACAAUCCAAAUCAGUACAGUUGGGGUGAGAAUUAUGCCGGCAGCUCGGGCCUCAUGAGUGUCUCUCCAGACAUGAACCCGAUGCAGCGGUCGCGAAGUGGAACGUUUCUCUUUGACAUGUUGGAGAUGGAUCGACUGGAGAGGCAGCUGGUCAAACUGCCGCUGCUGCAAGACCCCUCCUCCUACAUCCCAGACACCAUGGACCUGACGGAGGACGCUCUCGCCCGGGAAUACUGGCUCUACUGCUUUGAGGACGCUCUAGACGGGGUGGUGAAAAGAGCAGUGGCGAGUCAGCCUGAAGCACCUGAAGCCCAGGAGAGAGCAGAGAAGUUUAGACAAAAAUACAGACACAAACUUCAGACUCUUCGCAACCAACCAUUUGCUUAUGGAUCCCUCACUGUCAGAAGUUUGUUAGACACGAGGGAACACUGCUUAAACGAGUUCAACUUUCCUGACCCCUACUCUAAGAUCAAGCAAAGGGAGAAUGACGUGGCUCUCAAAUAUUACCUGAAGGCGGUGAAGGCUCUGGAUGUGCUGCAGUGGGAGGAGAGGCAGUUUGCUCUGGUCACUGGGGUCCUGGCCGGGAACGUGUUUGACUGGGGCGCCAAGGCUGUGUCUGACGUUCUUGAGUCCGAUCCUGAAUUUGGCUUUGAGGAAGCGAAACGGCAGCUUGAAGAGCGGCCGUGGCUUGUGGAUAGUUAUGACCAGUGGUUCGCGAGACUAAAGGGCCCUCCUCAUAAGUGUGCCUUGUUUUUUGUGGAUAACAGUGGAGUCGACAUAAUACUUGGGGUGAUGCCUUUUGUCAGGGAGCUUCUGUCUCGAGGAACAGAGGUUGUUCUGGCGAGUAACUCCAGUCCAGCUUUAAACGAUGUGACCAACAGUGAGCUGCAAAUUCUGACUGAAAGGAUCGCUGCCAUGGAUCCAAUAGUUCAAGGCGGACUGAGGGACGAGAGGUUACUGCUGGUCCAGAGUGGCUCCAGUUCACCCUGCUUAGAUCUAAGCCGCUUGGACAAAGUUUUGGCCACGGUGGUGCGAGAGCGCAACACAGACCUGGUGAUCAUCGAGGGCAUGGGCCGAGCCAUCCACACAAACUACUACGCCAUGCUCAGCUGCGAAAGCCUCAAAAUGGCCGUUAUCAAGAACUCGUGGCUCGCCAACCGCCUCGGAGGAAAACUGUUCAGCGUCGUCUUCAAAUACGAGGUCCCAGCAGGAAGACGAGAGCGCCCUGUGUCGUCGAUUUUAUGA